CCACUAAACUCCAUACAGCUCUUAAGUGCAUCAACAAACUAAUAAGACAAAUACAAGCAAAUACACAAACUUCUAAUAACACCUUAAUACAAACAUAUAACGAGGAUAUAGACUAUAUCAACAACAAAACAGAAAUACAAAUCAACCACAUCACACCAGAGGACCUGAUACCCACUAACAAGGAGGCACUAAUCAUACAGCUAAAAGUUCAGCAAAAGACAAUACAUCAAGCCAGAAAACUAGAAAAUAACCUUGCCCACCAAA